AUGGCGUCGGCACUGUCAAGCCUCAUUGGUUACAAUUUCCGUUACACCGCCACCGACGCGCACGUCGCAGCGCACUCAGCGGCGUCCCUGUUGCUCCCGCGGUACCAGCAGCAGGCAGCGCAGCCGCGGCCGGGGGAGAGCGCGGAGGAGGUGCUGGGGAAGCUGCGCGCGGAGAUCGAGAAGCAGCAGCUGCGCACCGCGAAGCGCCAGCUCUUUCGCGACGAGGUGCGCACGCUUAUGGACGAAAUUGCGCGGCUUAAAGCGAAUCACUCGGGGCCAAUCAAAGCCGAGGAUCUCAAAACCUUCGCUGACGUCAGCAACAACACCAGGGGAGGAGGGGGGGGAGGAGGCGAACUCAGUGGCUCUGUUUCCGACGCUGCCGCUGCAGCUGAGUUGGCGAAAUGCGAGGCAUCUUUGCAAGAGUGCAGAGAGAGUCUAGGGCAGGCUGGUGGAGAGGCAGGGAUGGGAGGGGAGGCCGGGACAAACAGUGCUGCUGCAACAACUGGUGAUGCGGCAACGACCGGUGCAGUGACCGGGUCUGGUGGUGCUGGGCCUGCUGUGGUGGUUGCAAUGAGUGAGAGUGAGAUGCUGGCAGCGCUGCAGACUCAGUGCGAGCAGCAGCAGAUUCUGAACGAGAGGCUGCAGCAGGAGAGAGAGAGGCUGGCAGCUGCAGUGGCGCAUUACUCAAGGAACACCACAGAUUGUAAUGAUACCGUCUCUAGUGAUGAUGCUCUUCAGGCUGCCCGGAAAGCAAUCGAAGAGUGCGGCCGGGCAGCUGAGCAAGCGCGGGAGAGCGCCAUUGGUGGCGGGUACAGCAGCGGGCAGCUUUCAGCCACCCAGAUUCGUGCCACGUCAUGCAGUGCGACAGAUGAGGAGCUCCUGAAAUACCUGAACUACUCCCCGAAGAAACCCUGUCCAGAUGACUGGUACUUCGUCCAGCACCUCAUCUUUGUCCGCAACUGCUUAUGCCUGCCGCGCCGCCGCUGCUUUGCCGCGGCGCCCCCGGACUACCAGGAGCCGAGCAUCCCCUUCCCCCAGUCUGUGUUCGACCCGCGUGCCCUGCUGGAUGCGAACGUGCGGUGGGACCUGCACCGCUGCAAGUCAUACGGAUGCAUUAACUCGCGGCUGCUUGGGGAUUGCCGCGACUGCUUUAACCUCACACUGGAGGCGAAGCGGUGGAAGAAUAACUAUCGCGGGGCGGUGACUCUUGCAGAGGUGAUGAAGCUGAAGCCGCCAGGGUCGAUCAGGAUUGGCUUGGAUGCCGGUGGGGGUACAGGCAGCUUUGCAGCGGCGCUUGCGCUGUACAAUGUGACAAUAUUGACCACGGCUAUGAACACGGAGACGGUGCAAGAAGUGGAAAUGGGGUUGCCUUAUAUGGAGACUAUUGCGCAGAGAGGUCUGGUGCCGCUGCACGUGCCGCACAAGGCCCGCCAGCCGUUCUUUGACAACACGCUGGAUUUGAUUCACACGGUGAACAGUAUCAAGUAUUUCUCCAUCCCAGAAUUUGAGGAGCUUCUGUUCGAGUGGGACCGGAUUCUAAGGCCUGGUGGGAUCUGGUGGUUUGAGCUGUUCUAUGCGCCGGUGUGGGAGAUGCCGCUGUACAUUGGGGUGAUUGAGCAGUUUGGGUAUGGUAAAAAGUAUUGGAACCUGACGCCGAAAACUGAUACAGCUGAGAGGGAGGGUGAGCAUGUGUACCUAAAUUGCGUGUUGGAGAAGCCUAGCCGGAGAUAA